AUGGAUUUUCAAAUUUUUGAAAAGUGCAAACGUGAGCAAAAAAAAUGUUUUUGAACCUCAAAAAAUUGGUGAAAAAUGUUUUUUGCACUUUUUGAUCCAAUGGAUUUAGGAAAUCCGGGGAUUUUUUUGCAAAGAGUUUAAAAAAUUUUUCUAUUUUUUUAUAAAGUUUUGCCAAAUUACGGUAUACCGCGGUAAAUUUCAGCAUCGUGGUGGCCGAAGCAGAGAAGAAAAAGGGGAACAGAAGGAGAGUGAAGAGAAAAGUCAUCACUGGCUCGGUCUAUCGAUGGAAAACCACAGCCCCAAUUCCAUACACGUUCAGGGAGGAUGACAGUAAGUUUUACAAUUAGAGGGAUUGCGCCUGGGGUAACACCCGGAUUUUUUUCAAAAAUUGUAUGGUAGAUAUGCCUACUGUAGUAGAAAUGAAGUCGUCAAGAUUUGAGACGCGCCUUGAGAGUAUAGACUGAGUUAUUUGUCGAUCUUUGUGGCCUAGAUUCGCCAAAAAAAUUAGCAAAUUUCUGCCAACUUUUGACCUAAAAAUCUUGUCUUAUUGUCAAAAAAUUGUUCUAAAUUUGUUCUAAAGUUUCAUAAAAAACUGAGCGUCGCACUUGGGGCGCCUUUCCUAUUAGAUAAUAUAGACGAUAUCCUUCACUAACCAACUUCAAAAAUUUUCAGAAAAAUGGCGUCAAUUGAUCAAAGAGGGCCUGAAGUUGUGGGAGCGUGAGACUUGUCUCCGCUUCAAGGAAAAUGGCGCCGGCAAAGAUCGGAUUCAAUUCAUCCGCGGUGGAGGUUGUUACUCGAGUGUGGGGAGGACCGGUGGGGUUCAGAAAAUCUCAAUUGGGUUUGGAUGUGAGGACGUGAGUAAUAUAACAAGACAUCUGCCUGAUUUCUAUAUCGGUCUGUCGGGAAAAUAAUAUGGAUCUAUAGCUAAAAAAUCUCUCGCCUUGUCGCGGUUGCCCACCAAAUUUCCAGCCGCGACUAACCGUUCCAAAUGGGAGAUUCAAGGCGCGAAAUCCACAUUAUUUUCCCGACAGACUGAUAUGACUGGAAAUUUUGUACUUUAAAAGAUAGUUUUGGUAAAAUAAUAUCGUGACAAACGAGCUGUGAACUGUUCAAUUUAUGAUGACCAUUUCCAGAAAGGAAUCGUCUCCCACGAAGUUGGACAUUCCCUCGGCUUCUGGCAUGAGCAAUCUCGACCCGAUCGCGACAAGUACAUCAAACUGGAAGGAGAGUAUAUUGCCGGAGGCACCGAGGGAAACUUUGCCAAGAGAAGUGACUUGGAGAGCGACGGAAUGGGACUUCCCUACGAUCUGGGAUCAGGUAAGGAGGAGCAAUCGAAAAAAUAUCUAUUUUCAGUGAUGCACUACGGUCCUACUGCAUUCACUCUCGACUGGGAUCAUAAUACGAUUGUCACCAAAGACAAACGCUAUCAACAUACGAUUGGUCAAAGAGUGGGGCCGUCGUUCAUUGAUGUGAAACAGAUCAAUCGACUUUAUUGCUUCAGUAAGACCUCAACUUUGAAACUGUUGCAUAUCUUGACAACCGGUGUAGAUUAAGUGCUAAGAUUAUCAGGGAUUUAUACGUGGGAAACACAUACCACAUAGCCAAAGUUUUAAAGAGAUACGUCUAUUACCCUCCGAGCAUUUUCUCCUCCAAAAUCACGCCCAUUUAAUGUUUUCAGAGACCUGCGCCGGCACCAAAGUCCGCUGCGAAAACGGUGGAUACGCGGACCCGAACAACUGCAAUCAAUGCAAAUGCCCUCCGGGCCUCGGCGGACCGCAUUGUAAUCAGGUGGAGAAAGGUGAGAUUCGAAGCGAAUCGAUGAGAUUAUGAGCCAUGAAAUUGUUAAAAAUCCCAAAUUUCAGAGCUUGCCUUAUGCGGCGGCGAACUUCAUGCCCUCGAGAAUUGGCAGCAUUUGACGCACAAAGGGAAACAACGAUGUGUGUGGAGGAUCAGCGCCAAGAAAGCGAGGAUUCGAGUGAUCCUCGACAAGGCCAGCUACCAGUGUCAGACCACUUGUAAAUCGUUUUUGGAGCUGAAACACAACUCCGACUUUCAGCAGAUUGGGUUCAGGAGUUGGUAAGGAAGUUUAUAUCAGUCUGUCGAGAAAAUAAUGAGCACUCUGCCGCAUCGAAAAUUGCAUAGUCGCCGAGAAAACGAAUUGCGUCGCGGGAAAAUCAAAUUUCUUUUCACUACAGCGACACUUACUAUUUUCCCGACAGAGAUAUAAGUUGCUAUGGAGAUUAAGAAAAAAUUAAUGGAACUUAUCGGAUAUAAGGCAUAUUUUGGAAAAAGUUGUUUUCAUCGCUGGGGUUUCUGAGCUAGAAUAGGGCCACCGAAGAACAAAAAAACCCCAAGGACUUGCUAAAGAGAAAUUCACGCUUGCUUUUAGUUAAGGCUGGGGCGCAGCUCGGAAAAAAAUUGUUUUUCAUUUUGGAGUGGGCCAGAAAAAUGAAGUGUGCCAAAGCUUUUACAACCAAGGCUUUACAAUCUCCCAAUAUUUUUUAUAGAAAUUUGAGUACUUUUUUUUUGAUUCUGCUGACAAUUUGAGUCAAAAUCUCCCUUUUCAGUUGCGACGAAAAGAACGUCGAGACCCUCUCGGAUCAAGAAGAAAUCAUCGUCAUCCACGACCCACGAGACCAAUCCUAUGAUGGGUCAUUUACCCUCCGUUAUAUCCGAGAUUCCGGCACUCCCUUGCCCAAGCCCCCGCCGCCGGCAUGGGUUCCGGGAAGCGAGAAUCGCGCGUUCCGCGGGGUCAGCGGCAAGGGCGGGGUCAUCGAAAAGUUCAUCCUCAACGCCAUCCCCAUGGUCCGAGAUCCGAAUCGACCGGUCGAAUCGGUCUUUUCCAUCUUCACCGACUAUGUGGCAUCCUCUUUCCUGGGCGCGAGUCGCGACAAAAAAUAG